AUGAUAGAGACCAGUACAGACCAGUACAGACAUGAUAGAGACCUGGUAGAGACCAAUGACAGUAUGUCUGGAGCGAGCGUCUCGGAUGUCAACGAUCGUCUCUCGGCUCUGGAGCUUCGUGUUCAGCAGCAGGAAGAUGAGCUGACGGUCAUGAAAGCCGCUCUCGCUGACGUGCUUCGUCGUCUCGCUGUGUCUGAAGACUCUGCAACGCCUGUGACCAAAAAACAAGGAGGAAAAGGUGGAGCUGUACUACGGGAAGCCUACUCCAUGUCCUGUAUCACUAACGGAGGAACAUCUGGGCGAAAGAGAGACUCCACAUCUGUCACCAGGAAAGAGACGGUGUCGUCUGCCGCCAAAAGUGGAGCAGACAGGAAGAAGGAGGUCAGGGGUCAGAUGGAGGAGAUCCAGGAACGUGAAGAGGUUCCUCACCCAAAGGACGUGUCCCCCUCCUCCCCCCUCCCUCCUCAGACCUGUGUGACCCCCCCUCAGAGACCCUCCCAGUCUGCUGACACCAGUAAAGGCCACGCCCUGCCUAAAAGGGGGCCCAGUGUGAAGCGGUCCUCGGGUAUCGAACGCUCUCAGAGCAGCACGUGGGAGAGUUCAGAUGAAAACAGGAACAAAUUGGUGAAAGCUGCUUCAACAUCCAGACUGUUGACUAAAGUGAUGAAGACUGCAGAGAGACACAAAGACCCGGUGGUCAGUCAAGCCAAAAUGUCAACCCGAGAGAAAAACAGCCAAUCAGAGGGAAAUCACAUCAAGAUGUUCAUGCGUGGUCGACCCAUCACCAUGUUCAUCCCGUCAGACGUGGAAAACUAUGACGAAGUUCGUACAGAACUUCCUUCAGAAAGACUAAAGCUGGAAUGGGUGUACGGUUACCGUGGCCGAGACUGCAGAGCGAACGUCUACCUGCUUCCUACAGGAGAGAUUGUUUACUUCAUCGCGUCGGUCGUGGUUCUGUUUAACUACGAAGAACGAACACAGAGAUUUUAUCUCGGACACACCGAUUGUGUCAAGUGCCUGGCCCUCCAUCCUGAUAAAAUCCGGAUCGCUACAGGACAGAUUGCAGGAGUGGACAAAGACGGACGAGCGCUGCAGCCUCACGUUCGUAUCUGGGACAGCGUCAGUCUCUCCACUCUUCAGGUCGUUGGUUUGGGAACUUUCGAGCGCGGUGUCGGAUCUCUGGCUUUCUCCAAAGCUGACUCGGGACAUCACCUUAGUGUGAUUGACGACUGUAAUGAUCACAUGUUGACGGUCUGGGAUUGGCAGAGGAAGUCAAAGAUCGCUGAAAUCAAGACCACUAACGAGGUGGUCCUGGUUGUGGAGUUCCAUCCCACUGACCCUAACACCAUCGUCACCUGUGGAAAGUCCCACAUCUUCUUCUGGACCUGGACCGGAACCUCGCUGGCUCGAAAACAAGGAAUCUUUGGGGUGAGGGCACUUUUUUCAAAUUCAUCGUUUCAGAUUAGUCGGCAGGUCAAAGGUCAUGAGGGAAGUGUUUUCUGUAUGUGUGAGAUGAGGAGCGGCACUUUGCUGACGGGAGGAGGAAAAGACCGAAAAAUCAUCCUGUGGGACCACGAACUGAGAGCAGACCGAGACAUCGAGGUCCCUGAUCAGUAUGGAACCAUCAGAGCCGUGUCUGAGGGGAAGGGGGAAGAGUUUCUGGUCGGAACCUCUCGUAACUUCAUCCUGAGAGGAACCUUCAACGACGGCUUCCUGGUCGAGGUUCAGGGUCACACAGACGAGCUGUGGGGUUUGGCGACCCACCCGUCCAGACAGAUGUUCCUGACGUGCGCUCAGGACCGACUCGUCUGCCUCUGGAACUCCUUCGAUCACGCUCUGCAGUGGAGCCGCACACUGGAGGAACACGGACACUGUGCAGACUUCCAUCCCAGCGGAGCCGUGGUUGCUAUCGGAACACACUCAGGAAAGUGGUACGUUCUGGAUGCAGAGACCACAGAUCUGGUGGCGAUCCACACGGACGGGAACGAGCAACUGUCAGUGAUGCGUUUUUCAGUGGAUGGAAGUCUGCUGGCUGUUGGAUCUCACGACAACUUUAUUUACCUCUACACCGUGUCCGAGAGAGGACGCAAGUACAGUCGCUACGGGAAGUGCACGGGACAUUCCAGUUACAUCACACAUCUGGACUGGUCACCUGACAACAACCUCCUCAUGUCCAACUCUGGAGACUACGAGAUCCUCUACUGUGAGUACUCUGAUACUA